AUCAAAACAAGCUAAGUUAGCAACGGUAAUUUUAGCUAGUAAGCUUUAUGUUACAAUACAGUAAUAAAGAAUAUAGUUGUAGUAUUUUUCAGCUAAUGUAUGGAAACCGCUAGGGGUACCUGUUCGCUAGCUUAACGUCAGUCAUCAUCGGUAAAUUUAGGUAACGGUAGGGAUUUAUCGUUUUCCAGUGGUUACGGCUAACGCGGAGGGUGGCUAGCAGAUUUUAAACCUAACCACAGCUAGCUAAGUUAGCUAACGUUAGCAAGCAGACGUCUUGAAUCAGUUCUUUGUUAGUAUUGUCAAGAAACGUAACGAAAGCAUUAAUUACAAGUAGGUAUAUCAACCUGAAGACGAUAUUGUGUUGAGGUGUGGUUGUAAAAGUAGGCGUUUUCACCAAUUCCAUAACUCAACAUUGUUAACGUUAUAAUGCACCACGUCAAAAUCAAGACUGAAAGGCCAGAUAUAGAGGUGGCAGGUGCACGCAGCAGGCUGGAUGCUGUGUUAAAGGGGCUGGUAGAGAGAAGUGAAACUGAAAGGGAGCAAAAUGAGGUUGACUCUGGAAAAAUAUCAGCGGACUCCUUAAGCAAGGAUUUGUCUCCAUCGUCUGCUGGAAAAAGGCAAUCAGCUCGAUUUCCACAGCACCGGAGAAAGAAGCGAAAAGAGAUGGAUGAGGGCAUACCAGAAAGCAAUCAGCACAAACAAAAUGCUUACAUUAUUAAGUUGUUUGAUCGGAGUGUGGAUCUCGCUCAGUUCAACACCAGCACUCCACUGUAUCCCAUCUGCCGUGCCUGGAUGAGAAACAAUCCUUCAGUUCGGGUGCAGCCUGCUUCCCCAAGCCCCCCACACAGCAUGGUGGAGGAAGAGUUUACAGACAUUAUGAAUGGUAAAGCUCAGAAUGUGUACAGACUCCCUCCUCCAACCUCCUGUCCAAUCAGCACCUCUGGUGAACCCAUCAAUCUCAGGAUCCCACAGACUGAAAAACCCACUGUUGCCAAGUUAACAGAUUCAGUUCCUGUACCAGGAUCUCUCAUAUGUGACCACAUGGAACGCUGGAAAAAGAUAAGGCAAAAAUGGAAGGAGUGCUCUAACAAAAACCAGCUGAGAUACAGUGAGAGUAUCAAGGUCCUUAAGGAGAUGAAAGACCUCUACGAUCGCUAACUGGCUAACAGUGUAGCUCUCCAUCACAAAGUGGAGUCUAUGCAGUUGGAAAGAAGCCACGGCGUGCUUGAACACACCUGCCAUCCACACAGUCUGAUUUAAAGGAAAGCAUGAACUGAACCUUCAGCCUUAAAAAGACUAUAUGUCCUAUGCAUUGUAGAAACAAAAUACUUUGAAGGAAGUUUGGUGCAGUCUUUUGAGCAGGAAUGCGUUGUAGUUCAAUGUGUUUUUUUUUAUUCAUAAAAAUGUUGUGAAGAUGUCUGAAUAAAUUAAAUGGCUCUUCAAUUUUCAAUCAGA